AUGGCUUCCUCACAUUCUUCACCAAGCUCGUCGCAAUUCAGUACUUAUACCCCGGAUCCUCCCCCUGCUCUUCCUCCUCAGCCGGGUCGAAUUGAGAGUGUUCCACUUCCUGUAGAGCAUCAACCAGAUUCUGGCUUCAGCCACUUCCUACACCGCAAAAGACCAACCCAUAUCUCUCUCCAAGACUGGGAGCACCAUGUUACCCCGCCAUACCACGACUACAUCCACCAGCUCGUGGCAGCAGGAUGGACAAAUCUACAAGAUUUAGACAAUUACAUGACUACGAACGCUACUCGGAAAGGUCUAGUAGUGUCGGUCCUAGAUUUAUUUGAUUCCAAGCGGAAAGAAUGGCCGGAUAUCUACAGCGAGCUGGAUCUGAAGAACUUCAUGAGCCAUACCAGCCGAAAGGAUGCGAAAGUGCGGUUUUAUAUGGCUGAGUACCAGGGUAUUCCUUCUCCAGCCUUGAUUGAAACUCUGGGGAGCUCUUUGAACCUGGAUCCGCGAUUCUUCCAAUGGAUUAUCCAUAGCAGAGGGCACAUCUUCACGCCUUCGCAGAGGCAUAAUGCCCCAUAUCAAGCUCUUGGGUUUGGGGUCUUGAGGGAGACUACGCCGUCCAUGACAGAUGCCGAGAAGUUCAAGGUCAUGGCAUAUAUUCAGCCUGAUGAAACCGGCAUAGGAUGGACAGGAAUCGUCCUUUUCAGCUCUUGCACCAAACACAACAUAUCAAGCCGAGUCCUCCAACCUCCCCCAUCCUUCCAAUCUCCGCGCCCCGCGUCUACAACACUCAAACCAAAAUCGAUCCGCCAAUUGUACCUAGAAUCUUUCGAAUACCUCGAUCUCGCACAAGCAGCCGCCUCCCCUUUUUACGCCACAUCUAAUCUCUUCCGCAUCAACUGUUUCUGCUGGAACCAAAUAAUAACUGCUAUCCGCGAGCAGGACCGGCUGAUCAAUGGCAUAUCAGACACGUCAAUUGGGCAUGUAGAGGAGAUUAAGAGAUCUUUGGCUAUUGUGCAGAGAGGUGGGAGUUUUAUUUGGGCUGGGAAAGACGAGAAAGCUACAAAGGAGAGCAAAGAGGCUUUGCAAGAGGAUUUUCAACAUCUAGUUGAACAAACCGAUCUACUUUGGCAGACAAGAAGUAAACUUGCUAAGAUGCGGCAGAGCAGGUCGGAGGCUCGAUGGACUGCUUUGACGAAUGCGUUUACCUAUCUAUUUGCACCCAUUACAAUAAUUUCCGGGAUCUACGGUAUGAAUGUAUCUGAGAUAUCCGGCUCAGAUACGAAUCCGAAUAUUUGGCAAUUCUUCGUUGCUGUGUUCGUGUUCAACCUUUUGAUGGUAGCGGCGUUGUCUAUCUAUAACUUCAUACAGAUUCAUAUGAAGCAUGGGAGGGUUGCUGGAGUGAAGGAGGUUCUGUCUUUCGCAGUUGGGAGGACGAAUCUAAAUCGCCCCAAAGCUGAGAAAUAA